UAUUUAGCAUGAUGCAGGAUGCUGUUUCGUAUCAAGGAAAACGAGAUUCUUAUUCUGAUAGAACAAUUCAUGAAAUCACAACAGCUGCUGGGAUCACUAAGAUCGCUUGAAAAGGAAAGCAAAGUAGUGCUAGGGAACCUAAAUGAGGAUGCUCAGUUUCUUCGAGACUUGAUCAUGGAUGGGGAGUGGACUGAUGUGCUGGAAUAUUUGAACCCUUUGAGGGACAACCCUGCUUACAAGAAAGUUCGCCUCAUGAUUGAGAAACAAAGGUAUCUAGAACUACUAGCAACAGAACGAGGAAGUUACGACGCAGCUCAAGUCAUGAAGAGUCUAUCUGUGCUAGAGGAGAUGUGUCCAACACGUCACGAAUACACAGCACUUUGUUACCUCCUAACUAGACCUCACCUGAAACAACAUCCCACUUACAGUUCCUGGACUCACUACCAGAGUAGGCUGGAGUGUUUUGAGGCUAUAAAUAGCUCGCUACUUGUCAAACAAGGCCAGAGUGUUAGUGAGGAUAUGAGCCCUACCUCUGGUAGACUAGUAGAUCUGUUAACCAAGGGGAUGUUCUACGAGUCAGCACUACAGCUGUGUUCUCAAAAGUUGGCGCCAGGAGGGUGUGUUAACAUCACUGACGCUCUAACCAACAAUUUACUUCAGUGCAGCAUAGCCGACAAGGAGGCCAUAUUGUUACACUGGCUGUAUGAGAUACCAACCUCCGCUUUAGUUAAACCCACAAACAAGAAAAUAGUUCAGGUGGAGCUAGAAACAGGACGCCCCCCACCCAGCUCACGUGAACCCACCCUGAUCCAAUCAACAGAGUUCCACAAGUCACGUGGUCUGACUAAGUCACGUGGUCCAGCAUCACCUGAUCUGUUCAGGAGUAUUGACAGGAGCUGCUACCCUCUCAAAUCUAGCUCCCUGCCCACUUCAUUACUUCCCACCACUACUGAGAACAGUGGACACCCUGGUGAGAUGGUAGAUGGAGAAGCGGAGAUGAACACUGGGGAUGAUCAGAACGAUUCAACACACUCAACUCUAAAAGACAAUGCUGACUCUUUGGAAAAUACUCUCGGCGAUUCUGAAGUAGCUGUAGAUGAGAGUAGGGCGGCAGUAAACAACACGCCUCAUACUCAAGAUAGCACGAGGCAGCGGAAUGGAGUGAAGAAGGACAGGGGAGUGAAGAAUAGUGGCACACUUCAUAAGGGAAAGGGUACUCAAGACUUGUUUGUCCCUUCUCUUCUGGAAAUCGAAAUGGGGUUUAAAGAUGUACAACUAGUUCAGACUAAAGACAGCGAAACUCAAAAUAAUGAAACGCUAAAAGAGGCUGUUGGGGACGUGGAAAAGACAGUGAACGUCUCAAAAGAGACAGAGGGAAUGAUAACGGAGACAGGACGGGAGAUGUCUGAUAAAAGUGCACCAGAGCUUCUUAUCAGCUUCACACAAAAGCAAGAGGACAAGAUCAAGUGCUUACAGAGACAGCUCAACGAACUCAGAAUCCGGCAGGACUCUCUCAGAAUGAGUGCUGCUCUCGAACAGGCCGGUAAAGUACCAAGCCACCCCUCACUUGGUGAACCACGUGACACCACUAAGCCCCUCUGCCAGCACCCAACGGGGCACACUCUACCAACUCUACCUACAGAGCCCCCCAUUGAUACCCCCUCUGAACCCCCCUUCUCUCCCGUCACCCACAGUGCUGCUACUGACAGGGGCACCGGACCUGGUCUUACUAACGGAAAAAUUCCAUCAAGUAACGGAUGGCUGGAACCGAACCAUUCCUCUCUCAACACUCUGGAGAGCUUUAGUGAAGAUAGUCUCCGUCCUUGUAAAACUAGCACCCCCAGCAAGGGUGUCAACCCUGUUGUUACCAACAAGGUUGCAGACUCGUCCAUGUUGAAGAUGAAGUUUGCUCCCACAGCUGUACUGGAAGAUGUCCAACCUAUAAGAAGUGCAGCUUUUCACCCCAGAGGAGAGUUGAUAGCUAUUGGUUCGAACUCUAAAGCGCUGAGAGUAUGUUCCUGUCACAUGUUAUCUGACUCAGUACAGACUCUAGUCAGGGAGGACGGAUGUCAGGAUCUACCAGUAUUGUUCAAGAGGAACAGACACCACCGGGGUUCUGUCUACACUGUAGCUUGGAAUCCAACUGGCAACGUCUUAGCUACUGGAUCAAACGACAAGUCAGUGAUAGUGGUAGGGUUUGACGCAGACAACUGUAUCAGCAACUCAACAGACAGAGAGUUCUCUUUCCACAAGGGCACGGUGAGAGAUAUCCACUUCCACGAUGAUGCUACAAUGUUGUCUGUUGGAGGGGGCGACAACUUACUACACUUGUCUGACGUUGAGAAAGGAGUGGAGGUAUUUGCGUACAGCGGCCACACAGGCACCAUACACACAGUAACAUCACAUAGAGACACCCUCAUCAGCGGUAGUGAGGAUGGAACUAUCCGACUCUGGGACCGGAGGAGUAAUUCCUGUACCCGGGUUAUUGGUGCUGCCCUCGGCACGCAGGGAAAGUCUGGCAUCUCGUCGUUAUCUCUGAACAACUUUGGUAACCUGCUAUGUGGGUCACGUGAUGACGGGUUGUGUAUGUUGUACGAUUUAGAGAUGGGUAAACUCCUGGCUGCUUUCUCACCCCAUACUCCUGUUACUUGUAAAAGCGUGCAGUUUUACAGGAACCCCCGCUACAUCUUGAGUGGAUCUUAUGACGGUACAAUAGCCCUAACUUGUGCAGAACAAGUGCUUCUCAACCCAGAAAUUAAUUGCACGGAAAUUUUAGGCACACAUCGUGAUAAAGUUACACGAGUCACCUGGCAUCCGACCAAACAAGCCUUCGCCACGUGCAGUGCAGACAGAACUGUUUGUCUUUGGACUGCCAGAGAUGGCGUCGACGACUAAAUCAUGAGAUGUUUUCUUUUUCGUUUUAAGUGACGGGACUGUUGGUAUGGUUAUGAAAAGUACGAUUUGCGUGCUUUUGAGGACGACUUUAGUUUUGAUUUGAUCCAGAAUAUCUGAUAUUAUAUUUUUUACGUAACGGCAUGAAUCAGAAAUAUAAAAAGUCAAAGUAUUCGUCUUCCUGUCUUUAUUUAUUAAUAGAUUAUACAGUGUAUACAGUAGUACGAUGAUGGUUUUUGUCAAUGACAUGAUAGCAUAGAUUAUCCUUUUCUUCCUUAUCUACAUUUUUGAUUUUGAAAUUUGAGUGUUCCCAGUAUUAAUUUCUUUAUCAACCGUGUCUUGAACCGACAAUGUAUCGCUAUAACUCUUUCAGUUAUUUUCAUAGCUUUUGGCGUAUUUACGUAGUUUGACUUCAGUUACAAGGCAUAUGCUCUACCAAUUGGAAUUGUCAGCUGUCGACGAAAACUUGGAAGAAGUUAUAAUCAUAAACAAUUGUUUAGUGAUUGAUUAAAUUAAUGAUUUUUGUACGUUUCCAUAAACUUUCUUAACUUUAAGUUUAACCUAAUCGUGUGGUAGAGAACAUGUGACAUAGUGGCAGCAUGUUGCAAUGAUCUAACUGCAAAUUGUUUUUUCAUUACAUAAGGAGUAUAAAUAAGUUUUAGAGCUUUGUGUGUUUUGUGUGUUUUGUAAGUUAUCACUUUUCCGAACGCUUCACUAAAAUACGCUUCUCUAGAAGUAGAACAGCUCAUUAUUACUUUCUAUGGGAUGAUUCACAUAUUACCAAACUAGGAAGAAAAACUACUGUAAUUUCUAUUGUUUACACAGUAACCUAUGUGAUGAUCCUUUCCUAGUCUUUAU